GUAGACCUGGGAAAAUCACCAGUCAUUUUCCGCGACUUGGGGCGCGGUCCAAAGCGACCGCCCGCGGUCCAUGGUGAGAUGCAGCGGCUGCUUGUCACCUGGCUGGUGGCUGAUGCAGAGCUGCUGUCGGAUGAACUCUUGCAGGAGCGUGCUGAAAACUCCAUCGCAACAUCCUUGCGAGACUUUUGGUUUGCUUCCGCGGGUGGCUACACCCCCCUAGUACGACAGGAGGACCUGGCGCCCCUCCUGACGGACCACCUCUCCGUGCGCCCCCUGAACGCCGCCUGGGAGCGCCCGCCGCGGCGCGAAGCGGGCGGGGCGGCCUGCGGCAACGGUGGCACUCGGACCCCGCGCUGUCCGCUGCCGGACCCUUCGCUGUGCAUUGACCAACUCCUGCCAUUGCUGUUCAAGGAAGUGAAUCAUGCCAUGGCUUUCAUUCAUGCACAAGUCGAAGUCCUUGACGCUGCGGCGCAGAUCACAGGAACUUCCGAGGAAUCCAUCCUGCCUCCCUUGUUCGGCCGCGCGCAUGCAGCGGCCAAAGCCUUGGACAUGGUACUGGGUCUCUUCCUCGGUUUCUUCGAGCGAGUGGACUUCAACCCUGCCUUGGCAGCGUGUUUGACCACUUUGAUGGGGCAGAAGAUGAAGGAUGCGGUGAUGUUGGUCCUGGAAGAUCGAAAGAUCAUGAGCGUUCGCUUGGACGAGAUGCGCUGGGAGCUCAGCGCCUUCGGACGUUUGGCGCAUGCCAAGAUGGGGUCCCAGUGGCACGCGGACACGGCCUUCUUCGUGGCGUCCAAGGCUGAAUGGGCCUUGUAUCAUUUGGUACGCUUGGAUGGCUACUUCGCAGACCAAUUGGGUCUGGGAAUGGCUGUGGCGGUGGAUGACGUCGAUCAGUGGCCAGAUGACCUCUUGCAACCUGUGGACGUUGACAUUUCUUCCACAGCCUGGGACCUGGAGCUUCGCACAGCUUUGCACCUGGAAGGCGAAUUUUGGCACCUGGACAAGGGUCUUCUGCGCUUUUUGCUACGCGAAGUCCUGGUGAUGGAUGAAGUGGUCUGCGACCUGGGUGCCUUCGGUGGCCACUACUCCCAGUGGCUCAACGACACCGGCCUCGUCACCGCCUACGCCUUCGAUGGGGCCGAGGGCGUGGAGCGCCUCACGCAGGGCCGGGUGCGCCACGCGCGGCUGGAGGAAGCCAUGGCGCUGCCGGAGAGCUGCAAUGUAGUGCUUUGCUUGGAGGUGCUGGAGCACAUUCCACGUCACCAGGAGCCCAUGGCCCUGUGGAACCUGAAGCGUUUGGCUCCGCGGGUCCUCAUCGCCUCCUGGGCGCCGCCCCACGUGCCCGGCCCGGGCCACGUGAAUCCGCGCGAGAACGCGGAGGCCUGGCGGAGGCUCGAAGAGGCCACGGGACUUGAACGACACCCGCAACUGAGCCAACGGGCCCAGGAGCACAGCAGCAUCCAAUGGAUCCGCGAAUCGGUGGCCAUUUUCAAAAGGGGCGACCGCGGCA